AUGCAACUGGUUCAAAACCGCGGCCGCCCGCCAAACGCCCAACCGCCAGUUCAUUCCCAUUCCGCCUCGCGACCGCCCGCCCGCUCCCCGCCCGCCGCCGCCCCGCCGUGGAUCCAGACCCCCGCCGCCGAUUCCACCCCGCCCGGGCCGCCGCCUGCCGUCGUGCUGCCCCGCCCGCUCCCUUCCCGCAGCCGCCCCGCCCCGACCCCGUCCGCCUCCUCUCCGGUCGCCUCCGCACCCCGUCCACCUCCUCUCCGACCGCCUCUCCGGCUGCCUCCGCCCCGCCCGGACCGCGUCUGCCUCCUCUCCGGCCGCCUCGGCACCCCGUCCGCCUCCUCUCCGACCGCCUCUCCGGCUGCCUCCCCCCGCCCCGACCCCGUCCGCCUCCUCUCCGGCCGCCUCCGCACCCCGUCCGCCUCCUCUCCGACCGCCUCUGCCUCCGGUCCGUCCUCCGCCCGGCCCCGCUCCGUCCGCCUCCUCUCCGGCCGCCUCCGCCUCCGGUCCGUCCGCCGCCUGCUCCCCGAUUGCGCCGAAGAAGACGCCGAAGGGCAAGUCCGGUUUCUUCGGCGCGAGGGCGAAGCCCUUCGGGAAGUUCUUAGUGGAGUUCUCCGAUGCCGGGCGGCGUUGGUGGCUCGGCAUGUAUCCCAUCGCCGAUGA